AUGGUGGAGAAGGAGCAAGAGAUUGCCGAGAAGGAGCGCGAGACAGAGGAGCCGGAGGAGAAGCUCAAGCCGACUGAUGACGAGAUGGAGCAGCAGGAGUCGACCAUCAAGCCGAUGCCUAAGAAGACCACCAACGGCAGUCACGAGUCGCCCGUCACCAACAAGCUGGCCACCGUCGAAGAGGCGCAGCGUGUCCGUCGUGCUCUUCACAACGUCGUCUGCCCGGAGACGAAACCGAAGAAUCUCUCCAUCCAGUACACCACCAAGGAGCAGGGUUCCAGG